GAGGAUGUAUCCGCAUCCGCAUGUCAGUGGAAAUUAAACUAGGGUGACCAAACGUCCUCUUUUGCCCGGACAUGUCCUCUUAUUACGUGCCCUCCGGAGGGUCCGGCCGUGUUUCAUAAAUUCAUGAAAAUGUUCGUUUUUUAUGAUUUUUCACGGGACCAAUUUGAAGAGAAUCCCUCCGGCCGCUAGGGGGCAGCGCCUCCCUGCGUUGACAAGGCUCUUACUAGAAGGGGCGGGAGAAGGAGUAGAUCUUCUUCUUCUUUUUUGUUGGCAGUUUACCCUUUGUUUGAUGGGGAAUUACCACCAUCUACUGACGGUUUGGCGAGAGAUCAGACUACAGUACGGAGUUCAAUAAGGAGUUCUAAAAGACGUGGCGCCAUACACCUUUCUGAGAAACGCUUUGCACAACAAGUUUUCCAAACACGCCCUGCGAAUGACGUCUCUCAGUGAAGAGAAUCCAAUUUCACACUGGAUUGACGCCCCGUGGCAACUUUCUGGAGAUUGUUUGGACACGUUUUACCCGUUGAUCCCGUUGGGUAGGCGGCGGCGAGCCGCGCAACACGACGCUCCCUGAAUGGCCGACGGCGGGAAGGACCUUCCCGCGCCUCAACCGGAAGAUUGCCAGGCCUCGAGCCAGCUGCUGGACCGACGCGUCUGGCACAGAGACGCAGCCCGCCGAUGGAUGCCAGUGUUGUUUGCGGGCUCGUGCCUGGUGUACUGCGCCCGCAUGACCAUGCCUGUGUGCGCGGUGGCCAUGGCGGCCGACUUCGGCUGGAACAAGAUCCACACGGGCGUAGCGCUGGGCGCCUUCUUUUGGGGAUACUCCUGCACGCAGAUCUUGGGAGGUCACGCCAGUGACAUAAUUGGAGGCGAACGAAUGAUAUUCCUGUCAGCCGCGUCGUGGGCGUUAGUGACGGCGGCCACGCCCCUUCUGGCCCGCCUUGGCUCGCACACCUUGGCUCUCAUGACCAUGGCCAGAGUCCUCAUGGGAAUGCUGCAAGGCGUCUUCUUCCCAUCCUUGGUUAGUCUGGUAGCCCGACGUUCACCGGAAGGGCAAAAGAGCUUCUUGACUAGCAUCUCACAAAGCGGGAGCUCUUUGGGAAUCUUGCUUGCGGGCGUGCUGGGCUCCAUCAUGUUGGAGCGCUACGGUUGGGAAAGCGUCUUCUAUGCCGUGGCCUCGCUGUCCGCGCUCUGGGCGCUGCUCGUCUGGCGCCGUUUCCUCAAAGGCAGGCUUCUUUGCGAAAGAAGACAGGACUCCAGGUCCGAGAGUUUCUCCUGCACGCGUCUGUUGAACCUCCUAAGGAAACCCUGUGUCUGUGCUGCGGUGUUUGCUCACAUGUGCACGUGCGGCACCUCCUUCACACUACUGUCGUGGAUGCCCACCUACUUCAGCCAAGAAUACCCCCAUGCCACGACGUGGCAGUACAACGUCUUCCCUUGGGCGGCCGCCAUUCCGGUCGCUCUCUGCAGCGGACGUCUUUCCGAUUGGCUCAUCGGCCGAGGCUUCGGCGUGGCCUUUGUCAGAAAGUCCAUGCAGUUCAUCGCAAUGGGCGUGUCCAGCGCUUUUGUCCUGCCGCUGUCCACCGAGGUGUCUUUUCCUAUGGCCGUCGCCUGUAUUUCCGCCGCCAUGGUCGCGCUCUCCUUCACCACCUGCGGCGUCUCCGUCAAUGUGCAGGAUCUCGCGCCUACAAGUGCCGGAGCCCUCUAUGGUGUGAUGAAUACGCUAGGCGCUUUCACUGGUCUGCUAAUGGUGUCGCUGUCCGGCUACGCCGUCGAGGUGACCCGGUCGUGGGCGUCUGUCUUCACCCUGGUGGUCUCGGUCCACACGGCGGGACUGGCCGUCUUCGUCUACUUUGGAGAUGCUCGACCCGUGGACGUGGUCCAGGAGUCGGACUCCUCACCUCUCCUGUCAUUUGAAAAAGUGCAAGGACACUAAAAUUUGGACAUUUUCGACUUACUGUUCCCUAAAAGGGAUGGACAACUCUUUAAUGUACUUGGUUGGGUCAGAAAUUAAGUACUGUAUGUAUAUGUAAUAAUAAUAAAUCUUGCCAUAUAAUUGGUUGUUUUUGUUCAUGUUGAUUAUGGGGCAUUUUGAGCUCAUUUCCUGUUUAUAACUGGUCACGUCCUGUUAAUUUGGGGGGUUAUUUUGGGGUCACCUCCUGUUAUCGGGUCACUUCCUGUUGAUUAUGAGGCAUUUGAUUUCAGGGUCACUUCCUGUUCAUUGGUCACUUCCCGUUGAUUAUGGGGCAUUUUAGGGUCACUUCCUGUUGAUUUGUCAUCGCGUCACUUUUACUGAUCUGGGUUCAUAUUUUGUUCUCCUGUUGAUAUCUGGUCACUUCCUGUUGAUUUGUGGUCAUUUUGAGGUCACUUCCGGUUGAUUUUUGGGAAUUUCUUGGUCACAUCUUGUUUAUAUCAGGUCACUUCCUGUUUAUUUGUGGUCAUUUUGCGGUCACUUCCUGUUGCUUUUGGGGAAUUUUGGGUCAUUCCUGUUGUUAUCUGGUCCCUUUUGGAUCUGGGGUCAUAUCUCAUUCACUUCCUUUUGAUAUAUGGUCACUUCCUGUUUAUUUGAGGAA